AUGAUGCCAGUAUUCGGCCCACCCCCCUCGCCGGUGGUAAUGGGACCGGCCCCACCACCAGCCACACAUCCACCACGUAAUCCCAUUUACAACAGCGUUUUUGGGGCGUUUUUGUCAGAGCAACAAAAACAAGCAGUUUCACCAUUACCGAGCCCCAACAGAAUGCCCUUUUCAAACUUCACCCUAGGGGGUCCUGAGAAUUCCGGAACCAAAGCGGAAGUAACGGGAAGUGAAAUUUCAAAGCCAGUAUUUGCUGCUCCCUCUGCCACACCAACACUGUGGCUGCAAACGGACACCGAUGUCGGGAUGCCUGCAGGUAUUGAUCGUGCCCUACCGGCUGUCAGAAUGGGAACCACGAACACGAGUUUCCCACCAGUGUUCACCACACAAAGACCGCAGACAGCCGGCGCCUCUGGUGGUGGGUUUCUGCUCGGUGCAGAUAGUGGCCCGACUCCAGCCAAAACAGGCGCUGGUUCUCCUGAAGCAGAUAUGAAUGCAUCGACAAGAAUGGUCUCACCAAAGCCUUCCAUCUUCACUAGUCCUCCCUUUUUGAAGGGGAAACCGUUGAUGCCUCAAAUCACGCAGAAACAUACGGGUGGUGACGCCUCAUCAACUUCGAUUCUUGGGGCGAAUAGGCCUUCGGUGUUUUCUUCCAAAAGGAAUUUCAGUUCGAUGGAAGUUUCCGGACGCUCCCCCACUCUAAAACCAGUGGUGGCCGGAGCCGGCUCUGUUUUUGCCGACGCGAAACGUGUGAGGGGUGAAACCCUCGAGUGUGGGAAAGGCGUGGACGCAGCGUGGUCCGCAUAUGGGCCACAACAAAACGGUGGAGGUACUUUUUCUGCUGCUGCGGUCCGAUCGCCGGCACCAACUGGCACUUCAGUAUCUCUUUUCAAUCGCAGUUCGCAGAUGCAGAAGCAGCACGGUGGCGGUAACACGGCAAAAAUCAUGAAGGUCGUACGUGUCUUUUCAUCGUUUAUGAUAAAUGUAAUGAACGCCGAUGAGGCACAGCGUGAAGUGGUGGAAGAGUUCAUCGAAGAGGCCUUCUUUGGCACAGUGGAAUCUCACGAUGUGGAUAAUUUUCCAGCAGCCCUACGGCAGUUACAGUCCGCAUGGAUCGCGCUAAAGGGAAGUCAGUCACAACUGAAGGGAGAGCGAUGGGUUGUGCUUUUUGCUCUCGGUUCUCACCUGAACGUUGUUACCCGAACCAUCCAAAAGGAGGAGGAAGUGAACGGUAACGAAGAGAAGGAAGGGACGAAGGUGUUAGGUGGAGCUGUUCGUCAUGAUAUUUGGAAUGUUUUGUCGGACAGCUGUACACACGCGAAUCUUUUGUGUGAGAUUUGUCUGCAGCUAUUCUCCAACCAGCGCGACAAUCACGUGCCUUACUGCAUCCUCCCUAUUGUACUACGUAGGGCACGUAGCGUAUUUGAACUCGCAUGUAACAAUGGCGUUUCCACGGUCCAGUCUAACAUGAGGUCUGUGCUUCUUAAACUUCAUCGGUACGUCCGCGUGGCACCACCGAAGCGACAGUUAUCCACUGUUGUCGAAAAACAGCGCGCCGUUGCAUUCGCCGCACUACUCAGUGAAAUGAUGCUUUACGGAUCUGCCCCACCAGAGAGCAGCGCCUUCGUUGAGGCCUUUCAUCAGCAUUGUAUGGACGCGGUAAAAAUUAGGUGCGCGUUAUACCGCCAUUGUGCUGAUAACCUUCUACAAGAACCUCUUACUGAUUCCAUUAUCGUUCAAGCGAUGGAACUUUUGGCACGCGCCUUUGUUAUUGUUGAUGAUGAAGCUAUAGAAAAUAAGCGAAUGUUGUUUGUGAAGCUCACAGCCUGUGCGUUGGCACUGGGUCGCGUUCCAGUUGCUGAUUUCCAGCAAGCAUUUGUUGCUACUGGUCUUGAAGAUUUGAUCGUUGCUGUGCGUAGUUGCAACAUUCGUCUCUUUAAUGUUGCAAUGAGGAACAAUUCAGAGCUUUACGUGCGGUGUGGUAUCCACAAUGUAUUGCAGUUUGUGUCAAAGCGUAUAUCACUUCUGAUGGUUGUGAAGUAUUAUUCAACGUGUUUCUCUGAUCGCAUUCAAGUGCAGGAUAUGAUUGAUUAUUACCAGCUGCCGUACAAUGUUUCGGAAGGGUGCAAUGUGUGGUUACUUCCUCUUCUGGUCGAGAAACGUAUAAAUGGUGUGAUCGAAAGUGGUGUUCUCAUUCUCAGUAACGCGAAUCCGUUUGACGACUACAGUAAGGAUGCAAUUCGCGCUUUCGUUGAAUAA